AAAGAUGAAAAACUGGAAAACCCCCUCAUGAUAAAUACAGUAGAGGAUCUGUUAUGCUGUGGGCCUGUUUCUCUUCCAUUGGAACUUUGUUAUGACAUUUUUUUUUAUAUUCUUGUGCUGUUUGAAACUGCCAGAAUGUGCUUGUAGUUUCAUAUUUCUGUCUGAUUAUGUCACUCCAUACAUAAAUUACUAUUGCUCUAAGUUGAGUAACUACAUUUUACUUCUGCCUGACAAAAAUAAGCUGAAGUAAUACUGCUCUUAGUUGUGUACAAUUUCUUUUUCUCCUAAAUGGUUCACCAGACAAAGACAACCAGCAAGAUUUCAAAUGAGCAACUUCUUUAGUUUAGCUUGUGUGAUGCUACAAUGCAAAUGUAUUAAAAGGAGUCCUGCCUUUUGAUCAGAUACGUCUGUUGAAAUGUAAUCAAGCCACUUCUCAUUUUCUUACAGCUGAACGAUAGACGCACAAAGCAGCUCAGAGAGACCGUGAGCUGCUGUCGACGGAGGAGCAUCUAAAGCUUUUCUGUUAUUUCAGUUCAAGGCAACAUAGAGCUAAUUGUUUCACGAUGUGUUCUUUCUGCAGCACCAAAUGUUGGUUCGUUUUCUUCAACGGCAUCUUCUUGGCAUCUGGGGUCGCCCUCAUCACAAUCGGAGCUCUCCAGUACUCGACCUACUUGCAGAUCGGCACUUUUGCAGGGAGCAGCUUGUCCAAAAUCGCCAUCGUCCUCAUUGCCGUGGGCACCAUCAUCACCCUUGUGUCCCUUUUGGGACAUUGUGGGGCAUUCUUGAAUAAUUCUCCCAUGGUGUUUUGUUUCAUCUGCAUCCUGAUAAUCAUCGUCCUUUUGGAGAUAUUUACAGGAGCUGCUUUUUUUAUAUUUCGCAGCAGGACUGCCCUUGUGCAAAUGAACAGCAGGAUCAACACCCAAGUUCGGACCGCGGUCUACAAAUACAGCCCAAAGGACAGACAAGCCAUCAACAGGAUGCAGGAAAAGUUCAAAUGCUGCGGCGCCGACACUUACACCGACUGGUCCAGAAGUGUGGGCUGGCGAAACCAUGAAGCCGUGCCAGAUUCCUGCUGCCCGGAGAAGAGAAAAGGCUGUGGACAUGACAAGGAAAAAGCUCACAGAAAGGGAUGUAUCUCAGCUUUAAAGCUCUUUCUGUUGAAGAAUCUGGUGUGGGUCGGCGGUGUUUGCAUUGCUCUUGGAAUCACAGAGGUGUUUGGCGUGGUAGUCGGAGUGUGCCUCUGCCUGGACAUUAAACGCAAAAAUUAUGAGAAUGUCGACUAAUUCAUCAUCACAACCAUCUUUACAUGUCAACAAACAAACUAACAAACUUGUUUGAUCAUAAUAUACAUUUUUGUUUUAUGUAAUUAUAUGCUCAAAAGCAUUCUCCUUACUUAAACCUCUAGGUUUAAGCUCAAUAAAGAACCUAAAAAAAAUUUCGAUCCAUAUUCUAUGUUAAUUUUAAACUGUUUACCUGUUAGUUCUUUCUAAGAACAGAGCUCAAAUCAAUAGGUUGUACAGGUUAAAGGUUAUUGGCUCUUUGAAUUAAUCCAUUCAUAUGAUGAAUUAGCCUACUUAGCAAAACAAAGUCAGAGAUGAUGGGAGAUGUCCGAGUUAAAUGCAGAGCAAUAUUGGAAGAAAUUUUUUUUAAAUCUUAAAAAAAAAAAGAACAACAAUUUGAAACUUGGCCAAAGGUUCACCGCUUAGGAUGCUUCUAACCAGCAGAAACAGGGAGGCUGGGCACAGAUGACGUAGCUAAAUAAAGGACAAUACAGGAAGAAAACUUGUUAAAAGCAACACAAGACCUAACCCUCCUGUUGUGUUCGUUUCUAGGGUGUUUGUGGGUCAAUUUGACCCGGGGAGUGUUUAAUCAUGCAAUAGUGUCAGAAGCCAAAAAAUUCCUCCAAAACAUUUUUGUAUCUGA